UGGGGGGGGAGGUAAAAAGUUUGCGUGUUGGGAAGUUGAGGAGGAUUUUUUCCGAGCCUGUGGAAAAAUGGAUGCGGGUAUAGAGAAGGAAUGCAGCGCCUUGGGAGGGCUCUUCCAGCUCAUCAUGAACGACAUGAAGGCCAGUUAUCCUACAUGGGAGGACUUUUUAACCAAAGGAGCCAAGCUACAAUCACAGCUCAGGACGACCAUCGUGGUUACCGGAGCCUUCCUGGAUGCUUUUCAGAAGGUGGCAGACAUGGCGACCGGGACCAGAGGUGCCACGAAGGAGAUCGGCUCGGCACUAACCAGGAUGUGUAUGAGACACCGGAGCAUCGAGUCCAAACUCAAGCUGUUCACCACCGCUCUCUCAGAAAGUCUCAUCACUCCGCUGGAGUCCAAGAUGGAGGAGUGGAAAAAAGUGGCCAGUCAGCUGGACAAAGAUCAUGCCAAAGAGUAUAAAAAAGCCAGAGCAGACAUCAAGAAGAAAUCAUCAGACACCAUCAAACUGCAGAAGAAGGUGAAGAAAGGGAAGGACGAGGUGCGUGGCCAGCUGGACAGCGCACUGCAGGACGUCAACGUGCGUUACGCUGUCCUGGAGGACACCGAGAAGCGAGCCGUGUGCAGGGCGCUGAUAGAGGAAAGAGCGCGCUACUGCAGCUUCGUCACCAUGCUGAAGCCUGUACUGGACCAUGAGAUCAACAUGCUGGGUGAGGUGACCCACCUGCAGACCAUUCUGGAGGAUCUGAUGAACCUGACAGCUGAGCCCAAUAAACUCCCACCAGCCAGCGAGCAGGUGAUUUCGGACCUGAAAGGUUCUGAUUUCAGCUACACCUAUCAGACACCUCCAGCUUCUCCAAGUAGCACUCUGUCCAGGAAGAGCAGCAUCAGCAGUAACUAUCAGUCUGGAUCAGUGAGACAUGUUCCCUCCUUGGACUCCAUCAGCUGUGCUGUGGAUGGAGUACACAUCCAGGAUGCAGUUGGCUCCACCAAUCAGAUGGCAGCCGGGGGCGGCGGAGGGGCGGAGAACGGCCUGUUGGUCCCUCCACACAACGCCUACACACACCAUGGAGAGAGAGCUCGGGCCAUGUCUGCGUCUGGGAAGUCUUGCUCGGCCCGGGACCAGCUGGCGUUGACUUUAGGUGCAUUGAAUUCGGACGCCCCGAGAAGCAGUAGAGACUCUCUGCACUGCUCCAGCGGCUACAGCACUCAGACCACCACCCCGUCCUGCUCUGAAGACACCAUACACACACACAUUGACUACGAGUCCAUCUCUCUCCACGGAGACGCAGACUCCAUCUCCCUACAUCACAUGUCCCACGGAAACAGCCAGUCAGACUUUGACAAGUCCUCGACCAUCCCGAGGAACUCCGACCUCAGUUUACAGUACAGGAAGUUUGCUCAGUCCAAACGCCCCUCCUCCACCGUCAGCCUAUUGGCCGAGCCCGAGUUGAUCGGCGGGUCUGUCCGCCAGCUGCCGUCCCACACGGCAACCAUCAGACGCAAACCGUCGUCCAAGCCGGCGUAUCGCAGGGGAACAAUCAGCGGGGGGGUUCCCAUCCCCAUCUGCACCCCCCAGGUCCCGCUUAAAGCCCUCGGAGGAAACGGUGGAAGUGAUGAGAAUGUUUUCACAGCGCCCCCUGCUGGAGGAGUAGGAGGUCUAGGUCACAGUAAACUCUGCACCUCCACGCAGAGCCUCAGCGCCUUACCCCCCUCCUCCUCCCCGUACUACCAGCUGGUCCCAGGUCAGAUGCCCAUCCCAGUGCCUGUACCUACUGUACCCUCCCUGCCACCAGAGGGCAGCAACGCCAAACAUCAACAACAGAGACAGUACCAGCAGCAACUACAGCAGCACAACCAGCAACUCCAGAUUCAGCAGCAGCAGCAGCAGCAGCAGCAGCAGCAAUAUUAUCAGCAGCAGCAGCAACUACAGCAACAGUUUCAACAUCAGCAGUCCCUGCUUCAGCAACCCCAGCAACUGCAACAUCGACCAGACCAGUAUCAGCAGCAGGACCAGUAUCAGCUGCUGCUGAACCAGCAGCAGAAACAGAAGCUGUUCCAGCAGCAGCAGCAGCAGCAGCAGCAGCAGCAGCAGCAGCAGGCCCAGCUCCCGCCCCCCGUGGCCCAGGGAGAGCCCUCGUGGCCGGGCCACGGCACUCUCUACCAGCCCCAGGCUCCUCCACCCUCCAGCCAAGACCAGGCGGCAGAGCAGCUGACCCAGGAGGAAGGAGGAGGUAACAUGCUGACCCUCAUCAGAGGAGUAAAGCUCAAAAGGACCAUCACCGACGACCGCUCCGCCCCUCUCCUGCCCCCUCCACCCAAUCACAAAUGAGGCUGAACGAUCGAUUGUUUUGCCUCACUGCUGGUUAACUGUUUAGUUUAAUGGGAUCAGCACCAGAGUGUGUCGGCACAGCACAGACGGCACAGAGCAAAACCAAACACAAGGACGUCACGAACACACUGAUCAAUCGCUGGAAGUCGAUGUGUGUCCUGUUUUAUUUUCUAAAAGUUCUGCUUCCUUUUUGGCUGUUUAGAUUUCUGUUUUAAAAACUUUUGAGACUUGUCAUUUCCUGUUGCUACAGCGACCGUCUUUUGCCUUUUUCUUCUUGUUUGCAUUUUGAUUGUGCAUAAAGUUUUUGUUUCUCCCAGUCUUACCAAUAGAGCUGUUGAUCGUUUUAGUUAGUGCUCACUUCCUGGGCAGAUGAUCGUUAUGUGGCUUGUUGAUUAGCCAGACAGGAAGCUGUUAGUGUCUCAGAUCCUCUUCAGUCCCGGGUGCAUUUGAUUUGCCUUUUGCCUAGAACUCCCAGAGGGGCGGGGUUUAGAAAUAAGUCCAGUAGCUCCACUGCGUCACGUGGUUGAACCAUGGUGUGUGGAGGUUUUAAUUUGCCGGCUUUGAGCCAGUGUUGGUCCAGAGUGUCUGAACAGUGAGGUACAGGUCAGUCGCCACAGAUCGUUGCGUUCGGUCCCGGUCGUCACAAAUCGAACCCAACGCUCCUGACUCAACUGUGUCUGUAGACUGUAAAUAUGUUAGAACAAAAGAAGCUCUGGGAACACGUGUGGAGGUUGGAUGUUUCACUUAACAGCACGUUGUCAGACGUCACUCUCUUUCUUUGACCCGUACAAAAGUUUGAAUAUAUGAUGAGUCAACAUUUUGAUUUCCUCACCUUUUGAGGGCAACGGUUUCCGCUCCUGGGACGCCAAAUGGUGCCACUGUUUGUGGAAAAGGAUUAAAAAUGUUACUGUGGGCAAAUGUCUGGUUUACUGUGUAAAUACUUAUCUGGUUAACAUGAGGAAAAAUAAUAAGAAGGAGGAGGAGGCUCUGAUUUAUUUGCAGCUUUUAGAGGCAACGCUGAUGUUUUAGGAGAAGUGCAUUGAGAAUAAAGUGCACUAUGAAAAGUCUGUGAUGAUUGAAGCUGGUUAUCAGCAGUUACAGGGGACACACCGACAUGUUGAAGGACUUGACUGAACCUUCUACCACAGGAAAUAAACUUUAGAUGUCAGUUAAUGUAACAACUAAAGUCUGAACCACACAAGAGUUUUAAGGCUGAACAGGCAAUAUUCCCUUUUUAACAAACAAUUAUUGAUGAUACAAUUUAUGAUAUUAAAUUUAGUAAUUAAGAAUUGUGACCAGGAUAUGUACUGAGUGGACACACUGUAAUGGAGACACUGUUUCUGAAUCACCACGUAAAUACUUUUGGCAUUUGUUGUCACUUAUUGGCUGAUAUGUUCACGGGUAUAACAACCCAAAAAAAACUACUAGUAUAAUCAUUCAGAACUGAAACAAUUAGUUGAUCUAUAGGAAACUAUUUGGACAAUCGUUUGAGUCAUUUUCUAAAUAUUCUCUGGUUUCAGGGUUUGAUUGUUUUCUGUGUCACAUGAUGGUAUGUUUUGGGUUUUGGACGGUUGAUCAAAGACAUCUGAAGACGUCACUCGGGCUGUAGGGAGAGUUCACAGGCACUUCUCACUAUUUUCUCAUAUUUUAUAGACAAAAACAUGAAUGAAAAUAAUUGUGAGUUGCAGCCCUGUAAUUAUUACAUCACAUUAGUUUUGCUCACAUCAGUGUCACUCUGGGAAUAUUUAGGACCUUAAAGUUGCAUUAAAUGAUGUCUGACUUCUGUCAACUGCUGAAAGUCACUAGUAGGAAUAAUAACACUAGAACCACAAUCAAUGAAUCAGCUGAUAUUUGUUUAUUGCAAAUAUAUUGGUAUCUGUGUGUAAAUGAUAAGAAAUGCCUUAUGUUUCAAUUUCAAAACAAUGUCUCCAGUACAUGGAUUGUCCAUCAGAGAGCAAUGACAAAAUGUAAUUAUCUUUACACUGUAAAAUGUCACAAUUCUUUAAUAACUAAAUUUAAGGUCUCCUUGUCAAAAUGUUUGUGUUUAUGAUAAAAAUUGAUUAAACUGGUUCUUGUUACAGAAACACCCAGAAAAAUCUAGUAUUAGUCUUCACAUAUCAAGUAUGUUAUCACAGAAAAAUGAAUAAUACAUUUACUUUUAAUGACAAUAAUGUUAAUGAUAAAUUUAUGAGUGUGCUGAUUUAAGGACAUCAGGCAGAUGAUGUAAGUCUUCUUGCAUUAGAAGGUUGUAACUUAAUACUUACUACUAAUAAUUAAUACUUGCAGGUCUCAGCUUUACUCUUUUCAAAUGGCAAAAAUCUGUGAAAUUUACUGUUUAAAAACUUCACAUUAAAAGAACUUCAGUGUCUUUCUGUCCCUAUUCAUACAGGAUCUAACAUGUUUAAUAAAAAACACUGCUAGAGUUUUGUUUUGUUUGACUGUCUCAGAACAUUUACUUCCUUUGAAUGAGACUUUUAACGUCACAUUAAACCAUAUUCAUCUACAGAGUUUGGCUGGGCUCCGAUAGCUGGUUCUAUUUUGGAUCCUGACCCAAGUUGGUGAAAUAUUUAGAUCUGGUCAUUUAUUUAGAUGUAAUUCUCAUAAAUUGUUCUUUUUUUUCACGUGAUAUUUUUAAUGAUCAUUUAGGUCUGGUGUUGUUCCCACUCGUGACUUUCUCUGGAUGUGCGAGGGAGUUUAUUAGGAAAUGAACGUCGUCUUCUUUUUUUGUGGAUUAGAUAGAAGCAGCUUCAUUGGUUGUAAUAAAUGACGUAGGCUGAUACGUCAGUCACGUAAUCUCCCCCUAAACCGAUUAACUUCAGUUCUUCAGUGCAGAGACGUGUUGCCUCUAAAAGUUGCCUGUGGAGAGUCAACUUCAUAUUGAGAGCUGUCUGAACAUGCAGGGCUGUAGCUAGCGUUACGGACUGAGGUCAUGUCCUUGGUUAAUGUUUUGGAGAAUCUGCAGACUCAUGAAUAUCAAUAAUUUAUGUGACCGUUGUUUUUUCAAUUAAUCCUCUAAACAUCUGAUCUAUAAAAUAUCAGAAAUCAGUAAAACAUGACAACUCCCAGAAAGCCCAAGGUGUCGUUUUGUUUAGUCUGAUCUAUAGUCUGAAACUUUAAGAUACUCAGUUUACAAUCAUAGACUAGAAAACAUUUCCAUUU